AUGCUGCCUGAGUUUGUUGGUGCUUCUAAAACCGCGCAGCUUCACUGUAUUGGAUAUAAUGUAUACCGUGAUGAAGAAUUGGGAAGGUUGAUAUAUAACUACAAUGUUAGCUGGACGGACAAGACGGACGAAAGCUUUCAAGCUUGGGAUCACCUCGUUAGGAAGUUAAUAAAGUCCAAUAAAGUUGCAAUCAAAAUACCCAUUCACUGUGAUGGCCCAUGUGGCCGGCUUACCGAAGAUUACGUACAGUUUGGUCUAUGUGAACACACAGUUUGUCGUGAUUGCUAUGAGAAUGCAAGAAGCGCUGAUCACGAAGGUUUGCACGGUUGCUGUAAUGCUGACUGCUUGAAAUUAUGGCAGCGAGAGGAACGUCGUAAAACCAGAAUAGCUAGGAAGGAAGAGCAAGCCAGGGCAAAAAGAGUGAGAAGUGAUGUAUGUAAGCAGUCUGCUACAGUAGCAGGAAGUGUUAUACCGAACUCAUAG